GGGAGUUUUUGCGUCGGCGCCGAGCGCGGCGGGCGGGAAUGGAUCGGCCGCGGCUGGCGCGGCUGUCGCAUGCGAGAUUUUCGAAGAACCAUGCAGGCAGAACAUAUUCCCUGAAAGAUAAAGCUGGCUGGAAGCACAAGCCUCUGGAUGUAUUUGAUUUUCCUGAUCAUUCUCAGCUCUCAAGCCUCAGCAGGCUGGGUGAAAAUGAGAAAGAUGAAGAUUCCUAUGAAAGUUUUGACCCUCCUCUACACAGCACGGCUAUAUAUGCUGAUGAGGAAGAAUUCUCCAAGCACUGCGGGUCACAUCUCCCCUCAACUCCUCAAGAAAAAGAAGCGAAGAGAAGUUCGGACACUUCUGAAAUUGAAGCAAGUGAAAAUGAGUCUGUACAGAUUAGUGCCAAAAAGCCAAGAAGAAAACUCAAGCCCAUCAGUGAUGAAUCUGAAAGCCCUGAAGAAAGUGAUGUGAGGAGAAAAGUUAAACCCACAGAGAACAUAAGCUCAUGGCAGGGAGCUGUUUCAGCUACAGCACUUCCAGAGCUUUCGGAGAAACCAGCUGAAGCGGUCACUCCUCAGAAGACAGGACCCCAGAGUGCCGAGUCCUCUGCUGAGAAAGUGAUGCUGGCCACAGGAUGUCAGCGGAAAACUCAGAAAAAUAAGAUGUUUCUUGGCAAAAGGAAGAAACCAAGAAGUUAUGCCACAGACUCAGAUACUUCUGACUGUGCGCCUAUUUGGUGUUUAAAAGAAAAGAAAGCCAGUGACAUCACGGAAUUAGAUGUGUUUUUGUCUGCAUUCGAGAACUUUCUUCUAGAGUAUGAACAAAAAAUAGACUCUCGCGUUUGUAAGGCAGCCAUCAACAAAUUUCAUUCUAAUUUGAAAGAAGAACUCAUCAAAAUGCUUCAGGAAGUCCAGAUGUUGAAGACUCUGAAAAGGAAGAAUGCUAAGAUGAUCUCCGAUAUUGAAAAGAAAAGGCAGCAUUUGAUUGAAGUCCAGGAUGAAUUGCUUCGGGUAGAACCAGAGCUGAAACAACUACAAAUAAAGUAUGAGGAACUUCAGGAGAGAAAAGCUUCCCUUAGGAAGGCAGCGUAUUUCCUGUCUAAUCUCAAACAGCUUCAUCAAGAUUACUCAAAAGUUCAAGAGGAAGAACCACAUGUAAAGGAAACAUAUGAUUCAUCCAGCCUUCCAGCUUUGCUGUUCAAAGCAAGACCCCUUUUAAGAGCCGAAAAUCAUCUGCAAAAUAUCAACUAUCAAUUAGAGAAUCUCCUUGACCAGAAAUGAGAGCAGUCUACUAAGGUGUGCACAUUUAGGAUUAGUCUCAUGAUACAGUUUUAGAUGGUAACAGGCGGUAUACAUUUUUGCACAAAGAAGAAUGGGAAGAAAACCUGAACUUUAUUACUGUUAAUUUGAAUUGAAUAUUUUUUAUUGUUGUAACAUUCUCAGAUACGUCUAAAAGCAGGAAACUGUCUUACUGUUCAGACUGUAUGUAUGACUUUGAGCUUGUCACCAGAAUAUUGCUUUGUCAUUAAAAUUAAAUGGCUAGGUAUAGUAAUUUUAGAGGCCAUAAUUAACUUUUGUAGUUAACACCAAGUACUAAGUUUUAAAAUGUUUUAUAGCGUUGACACCUCAUCAGCCCUUAAACAUACAGAUGCUUUACCCUAAAAAUAAAUAUCCAAAAUUAA